AAUCAAAGCCUUUUACAAUUAUAAUCUGCGAAAAAGAGAGAGAACGCUUUCAUUUUCAGUUUGGAUCUCCGGUUCGGGUUAUUGGGUGCCCGGCUUUAAAGCUUGAAUCUUCAUCGUUGAAAUGGAAUCAUUCGAGCUUAAGAGGUCGAAGGACUCGGUGAACUCGGACCAGUCAGCUCACUGGUCCUCAUUUCCCGACGAAGUGCUGGAGCGAGUUCUGUCACGUUUGAAAUCUCACAGGGACCGGAGCUCCGCCUCUUUGGUUUGCAAGGACUGGUAUCACGCGGAACGGUGGUCGAGAACCAACGUUUUCAUCGGGAACUGUUACUCCGUUUCACAGGAGAUCGUCGUGCGGCGGUUCUCGAGAAUCAGGAGCGUGACGUUGAAGGGGAAGCCUCGAUUUUCCGAUUUCAACCUGGUGCCGGAAAACUGGGGCGCCAAUAUCCACGCGUGGCUGGUCGUUUUCGCGGCCAAGUAUCCGUUCCUCGAAGAGCUUAGGCUCAAGCGAAUGGCGAUCAACGACCAAAGCUUGGAGUUCCUCGCCGUGUCUUUUCCUAACUUCAAAGCUCUUUCUCUUUUAAGCUGCGACGGUUUUAGCACUAACGGACUCGCCGCCAUUGCCACUCAUUGCAAGAACUUGACUGAGCUUGACAUACAGGAGAAUGACAUUGAUGAUAUAGGAGGUAGUUGGUUGAGCUGCUUCCCGGAGAGCUUCACGUCGUUGGAAGUUCUCAACUUUGCCAACUUGACUAGCGAUAUUAAUUUCGAUGCGCUUGAAAAGCUCGUCGGUAGGUGCAAGUCGAUGAGGGUCUUAAAGUUGAACCGGAGCGUGUCCUUGGAACAAUUACAGAGACUUCUUGUUAAUGCCCCUCGAUUAGCUGAGCUCGGUACGGGUUCAUUCUCGCAGGAACUUAUUGUCCGUGAAUACGAAGAGCUCGAAAGCGCAUUAAGCAAUUGCAAGAAUAUGCAUACGCUAUCUGGUCUGUGGGAUGCCAAGGGCAUAUAUCUCCCGGCCUUGUACCCUGCAUGCACGCAUCUAACGUUCUUGAACUUGAGCUAUGCUGCUUUGCAAAGUCUUGAACUGGCUAAGCUUCUUCCUCACCGUCGACGACUUAAACACCUAUGGGUCUUGGACACGGUCGAAGACAAAGGACUGGAAGCCGUUGGAUUGAACUGCCCUUUGCUCGAGGAACUGCGAGUUUUCCCUGCUGAUCCGUUUGAUGAUGAAAUUGUACAUGGAGUCACUGACGCUGGGUUUGUGGCCGUGUCUUUUGGUUGCCCAAGACUCCAUUAUGUCCUCUAUUUCUGUCGUCAAAUGACAAAUGCUGCUGUAGCAACCAUUGUACAGAACUGCCCCGAUUUUACGCAUUUCCGAUUAUGCAUAAUGAACCCAGGUCAACCGGAUCAUCUCACAAAUGAACCUAUGGAUGAAGCUUUUGGUGCUGUGGUUAAAACCUGCACUAAACUUCAGAGGCUUUCAGUUUCAGGUCGCUUAACUGAUCGGACAUUUGAGUAUAUCGGUAGAUAUGCUAAGAACUUAGAGACGCUUUCAGUGGCUUUUGCCGGCAGCAGUGACUGGGGGAUGCAAUGUGUUCUGGGUGGUUGUCCAAAACUAAGGAAACUCGAGAUAAGAGACUGUCCGUUCGGAAACGCAGCACUGCUGUCGGGUUUGGAGAAAUACGAAUCUAUGAGGUCACUUUGGAUGUCGGCCUGCAAUGUGACAAUGAAUGGUUGUAGGCUACUUGCGAGGGAGAUGCCUCGGUUGAAUAUUGAGGUAAUGAAGGAGGAUGGAAGUGAUGAUAGUCAAGCUGAUAAAGUCUAUGUUUAUCGUUCGAUUGCAGGCCCAAGGAGGGAUGCCCCGCGAUCUGUCCUUACUCUCUGAAAUGGUUGGUACCAGGCAAACAGAAAAUCAUUAAACUUUGGACAGUCUAAGCCUCUAAAGCCGCUAACGUCGGGAACAAAUUUGCCUCGCGUGCUUGAUUUACUGCACCCCUGAAGAGCUAGAUCGUGAAACUGCCAAUGCAGAAGUGUAUGAUGCAGCCAUGGUUGGGCGUCACAAACGAACUAAAAUCUGUCACUGCAUCACAUUGCCACCCAGGUCGAUACCCCCUGUCAAAAUCCUGCACACAGAACAGACAGCAAGAUGCACACUGUUUUUAGUUUCUCAUGAAUCCAAUGCCUCAUACCAUGUUCCUGUAAACGAUAACUUAGAUCCCUAACCAUUUUUUUUUAUAAAUUGGACUAUAUCAGUUGAUUCAGUGGCUUCUAAGAUGUCAAGAAUCUUUGCAGCUAGGUGAAGUGCAUCCUUCUGCAUUGUCUUGACUCUUGAGCAUGUCGGUCUCACCUACAAUUGCUUUUCCCUCUACCAUGGAGAAAGGAGCAUGAAGACAAAGGCAUUGCAGACUUGAAACUAUAUGAUGGAAGCUUUAU